GCGCCAUAGCGGGGGGGUGACGGCGAAGUUCGUUGGCUGAGGUAAAGUUACCUGAUGAAUUAAUCGCUUUUACGAACGACUGAAAACACACACGAGUUAGUGUGACAGGGGAGUUUAAGUUGCUUGUGUUCGCGGGUUUUUAAUUUUGUCGUUUUCGUUAAAUUAUAUGUUCAAGCCGCACGGCAUUUGCCUCAUAAUUCGCAUUCGGAGCUGCUGAGUUGCAGGCGCCUGAGGCGGGAUUCGUGUGUUAUAACUUAUAUCAUUGAAUUCAUCUGUAUUACCAAACUUCUGCUAGUCACCACUUUAGUUGAUUUCGUAGUUUCUUUUUUUGGGUGAAUGAGAUGACUCCGGAUCUAAACUGCCUGUAUUUUCACUCAUUUACUAAUGUAUAUAUAUAUCAUGUAUACUGUCAUGUGUGUAUGUUUUAGUUCGUACCGGCGAAGGAGCAAAAAACCAGCGCGGCUCAGCACAGACUUUUUUGUCCUGUUCACUGUUGCCAUGGAAACCAGAGUGAACAUGGCCGACUGAGUGUGAUUCCCAUUCAGGACGUCUCUCCAGACUCUCUCCAGACUCCCUCCCACUCUCUGCCUCUAAAGGGUUUAUCAAAGCCUAAUCACAGCCUGGACCUGUCCUGUGGGACACCAGGCCUGCCAAAAGAAGGCUGUAGUGGAAUGGCCAACGACAGCGAGGUUCAGCAGCUUAGAUGCAAACUGAAAGAAGCAGAGGAGUCUCUGCAGAAAGCAGCCCAGUAUGGCCUCCAAUUGCUGGAUGGUCAACUGGACCUUCAAAACCAGCUGGAAGAGCAGCGUGUUGAAAUGACAAACUCUGUGGAGGCCCUUGAACAGGAAAAAUACUCCCUGCAGAGGGAGGUAGAGCUUAAGAGCCGCAUGAUAGAAAGCCUGCGGUCCGAGUUUGAUGCAGUCAAAGGCCAGCAAAAACUCCUGCUGGAGAAGCAGGAGGCACACCUGGAGAGGAGUCACUCCCUGGAGCUCAGUGAACUGAAGAACAAGAUGGACAGAAUGAAGGCAGAACUCGAUGAAGCCCGGCUCUUGGAGAAGCAACUGAGGCACAAGCUAGAGCUGCAGGCUGAGGCCCUGAGCAGCAGAACAGAGGAGCUGCGUGUGUUGACGGAGCGUGCUCAGGAGACCAUGUCAUCUGAGAUGCUAGAGCUGCAGGUUGAAAAGGCGGAGUUGGAGAAUGUUAAGAGUGCCUUGGAACGUGAACUUCACGAGUCCCACUACAAAGAGCAGCAGCUGCAGCUGGCCAACACCAACCUCCAGCACCAGCUGGAACGCCUGACUGAGGAGAAGGAGGAGCGUGAAAAGGAGGCUGUCUCAUGCUUCAGUGCUCUGGAGAAAGCUCGAGAAACAAACCAGGAUCUCCAAAUCCAGCUGGACCAGCUGCUGCAGCAAGCUCAGGACCCCAAUAGCAAGGGCAAUUCUCUCUUCUCAGAGGUCGAGGACAGACGGGCAGAGAUGGAGAGGCAACUGAUUAGUAUGAAGGUCCAACACCAGUCCCUGCUAAAGCAACAUACCUUUUCCAGACAGCAGCUGCAGCGUAUGAAGGUGCAGAUUGCCACCCUGAUGCAGCUGCAGGGGUCUAGGGCAGACCCUGGGCAGCUAGAACGUCUGCAGUCCAUGCUGUCUGAGAAGAACAAAGAGAUUGAAGUCCUUAUGAUGAAGCUGCGGCGCUUGGAGAAGAUGACAGUAAAGGCUCAGCCAUCCUGUGAACCUGCUGUGGCACCAGAGAGCAGUGACGGAACCUUUUACACCGACCUUCUUAAAAUGCAGCUCACCAGCUCUCAGAAGGAUGCAGAGCAGUUAGGGGAUGAGCUCUCCCGGCAAAGGAUGAAGGCUCUCUCAGAGAGCCAGAGGGUCCUGGAGCUGGAAAGGAAGCUUUUUAGUGCUGAGAGGGCCCUGAAGCUGUCCCAGAGCAACAACAUCAAACUGCAGGUCAAGUUGGAUGAGCUGCGACUCAAAUACGAGCCAAACGAGCUGAAUAAGGUCCAGGGACAGAAGCGCAAGCUUGAGAAGCUUCCGGUGAACGACGAUAACCUCCCAGGGCUGAAGAACAAGGAGUCAGAGACUGUUGAGGAGCGACAGCCUAGAGUUGUUGUGAAGGAGGAAGGUGAAACGGUGGCCCCUCUUCAGCCUGUGCGUCUCCCCGAGCCUAGCCAUCCGCUGCCACGUGAUAGCAAGUGUGUCCGCAUCUGCGAGGAGCCCACCACCAUCCCGGAUGCCCCCAGGUCACCCCCGGUGGAUUGCACGGUCAAGACAGAGAAGGCAGAGAUGGUGGUAGAUGUGGAGAACAGGAGAGCUGAGCAGACACGACCCCUUAAGUCCAAUGGGGCCAUCAAUGUUGCCUCUGAGCCCACCAUGGCGGACCAGUGUGCUCAGCAGUAGGGUCACGUGUUCCCAGGGGAUCUCGAUCCUCUCCUUUACCAUGGUCGUCGCUUUCAUUGCCUAAGAACCAGUGUUGAACCCUGGUUGUGAGGUGAACCUGCCUCAGAAUCAGCAGCUUGUUUGCUUCAGUUUUGUUUCAUUAAAAAAUGUGCUGCUUUAAUUCCAGUGACUGUGAUGUUGGUGUUUUUUUUAUACAUGUAAACGUGUAUGUUUGAUAUUAAC